UUAUUCACUUAUAGUAUGUUGUUGUUGGAGAAUUAUAAUUUUAAUUUAUGUACGUAAAUUCGACUCGACUAAUUAAAGUGAUUAACUAAAAUAAGUGCACGCGCGCGGAGAAAGUGAUUAAGCACUUUUUUCCUCCUUAAUUUCAACUUUUGAGAAGUCUAUACUUUAAUGGAUUCCUACCGAAAUAUAGUAGCUUUAACAAAGAAAGAAUAGUGAAAAGCGAUAUCUCGCAAUGCUAAUCUCCCGUGGAUAUUAUCUACCGAUAAGAGCAUCCAUCUUUCAUCAGCUAAGUUAAAUGUGAAUGUAUAUGUGUGCGUGUGCACGGAAAUUUGCGCUGUUGGACAAUGUUUACGAUUUGAGCUGCUGCCGUUGCCGCUGAUGCUGCUGCUGUGCUUACACUCACACACCCACCCACGAAGUCAACGUUAAGUAGCACCUCCUGGACAGACAAGUCACUCGGGCAUACAUAUGCACUAUAUGAAUACAAGCUAAUAUUGCACAACAAUAAUAAUAACAACAAUAACAACAACAACAAUACGAAUUGCAGAUAACUCACAAAGCGCAUAAAAAGUAUAAGAACAAGCAAAAGAAAAGAAGAAAAAAGUAAAUACAUAUAAAAUAAAUUCCAUUGUCCCGCAUCGCGUCACAGCUACAAAAUUACAAGUUAAUUUCCGCAACGCAGAACUUUAAUACAUAUGCACAUACGUGCAUAAAUACAUUUGUUAAUCCUGUUUAUUUUUAUUUUAUUUUUUUGUUGUGGUGGGUGCAAGUCCACGCGCUCAAUUGAAUGUAUCCCACAUUGUGGUAGCAAUGAGUAUAACGGCGCGCGGCAAGUGGACGUCAGCGACUGCUGUGGCGACAGCGGGCGUACAGCGCAGGCGUGUGAUCAACAAACACAUUCAACAGAAGUAUCUGUUAUGUGGGUUUGCUAUACAUGCCUUCCUCGCCACUCCAGCCUACCUCUACGGCAAUGUCGUCGAAUCGGAUAAGGACUUGGUUUUGCGCAUUUGGCCCGCCAUUGUUUAUCAGGCUACUGGCCAGGUUUGCCGCUCCAUUUUAGAGCAUUUGGACACCGAAUAUCGGGGACGUGAACGUGAGACCACCGAAUAUCGUCGCUUCUUUCUUUGCGCUACGCUGAUCACAUGCUUGUCGCUUAUGAUUAGCGGCAUAUUCUUCUCAUCGGCUUGGGUCAUUAUUUCUACAACAACACAAGCAGUGGCUAUAGUAUUCUAUGGAUUCUUUGCGGGAAUUGGUUCUAGUCUCUUCAUUUGGAAGACCCACGUUAUUCUGGAGGCGGUACGUCCGCGCGAGGAUAAGUUUGUGCGCAAAACGAUACAUCUUUGCGGUGAAGCGUUCUGUCAACUCUUCCUCUCGUUCGUCUUCACCAGCUUACGUACACUCUACGGCACAGCACAGUCCAUAGUUCUCAUGUCCGCUCUAUUAGUGAACCUUAUACCCAUUAGUUUGAUCAUUACGCGUCAUCGCGAAGGUUCCAUAACCAAACGUAUUUCGAUGAUCACCGCGGAGAGCGCAUUUCCGCCACUACAUCACCAGUUGGGCGCCUUCCCACCCAGCAUUGCAGAUCAAAUCGAUGGCAUUGAGGUGCAGUUGCCACGCCCAUGGAAAAGUACAUUACGAGAACAACAUCCCGGACCUGCGACGGCUGCACUUUUUGCCGCAGCAGCGGCAGAAGCGCGUAGCAAUUACAUGCUGGCGGCCGACGAAGCGUAUGUGACCUUUGUAAAUCCGAAUGGUGUAGAGAUUAUGGAGAUUAUACCCGAAGAGGAUGAGACCGUGUCAAUGAUGCGCGGCAGCUCAGCAACGAUUGGUAAGAGUCACUCGAGCGUGGCAGCGUCGCAGAAAAUACAUCCAAAUGCUUCAUCGAAUGGUUUGCAACAGCUGGAUGAAGCGGCAAACGCUGGUGCGGCAGCUGAUGUUACAGAAGCUGGAAAUUUGCAUAAAUUCCAACGUUUGUCACGCAAUGUCACCACGCACAUUUGGAAGAGUUUGAAGGAGAAGACUUUGUUGCCACUACAACGCGCAUUGUUAGUGCCGAGGCUUUAUUCGACAACUCUAUUCAUGUCGGCGGAUAUUUUUUCGUAUGUAAUGUGUCUAACGGUACUACCAGGGCUGGCGGUCAGUCACCAUGCAAUCAAAAAUGCCGAGAUACCAUUUCUCUUCUCAUUGCUGGCAUUUCCGUGGAUGUGCUUCUCGCUGAUGACGCCACGCUUCGGUAGCAGCCUGUAUAAGCGAAAAAUCGAGUGGCACACAUUGGGCAGCGUAUGCAAGGCGUUGGCGCUGAUUCUCAUCAGCUUCUCUACAUCCAAACUUCAACUUAGCGUUUCUUCUGUGCUGCUGGGUUUUGGACAGUCGGUAACGCUUUUUCUGCAGGAUGUCGUAUUUCAGCGCAGCAUGCCACGCGCCCAAUGGACUGCCAUACGCUUUCCAGUGCAUUUCACUAAUGGUCUACUAAUGUUUGUGUGGGGCGCUUUAGCUCAUUGGGUUGUCGUGCAUUUUUCCUUUCAGGCUAGCGUCGGUUUAGCCGCUAUGCUUUACGUCGUGGGCAUGCUAACAUGGAAUAUGAUUUUCGUUUGCUGUAAUACCAGGGAUUGAAAAAAUUCUCAUGCGCAACUGUU